AUGGACGAUCCAAAGCUUCUGGUCCAGAAUGGCUAUGACGAAAUUGCACAAACCUAUUUCGACUGGACCAGUGGGAAACCAACAGCCCGUCUCGACUAUGUGGACAAGCUGCUCUCGCGACUCCAGAGUCCUUCGGAAGCAGAGGUCCUUGAACUUGGCUGCGGCGCUGGUGUUCCAUGUACACGACUAUUGGCACAGCGAUGCCGUCGAGUCUUUGCCAACGAUAUCUCCCAGUCGCAAAUCGACCUCGCAAAGGCGAAUGUGCCAGAAGAGAAUGUUGAUUUUAUCCGGGGAGACAUGGCAAGCCUCAAGUUUGAGUGUUCGGUAUUACAGGCUGUAGUGGCGUUCUAUUCCAUCAUUCACCUUCCACGAGACGAGCAGCGCAACCUGGUCCAACAUGUUUGGAAGUGGCUUUCACCUACAGGCUACCUCCUGUGCAACUUGGGAGUCGCAGAUAAUCCUGGGGGAACAGAAAUGUGGUUAGGGUCCCGGAUGUAUUGGAGCAGCUUCGAUGCUGAGACUAGCCUUGAGAUGCUGAGAGACACCGGCUUCAGCAUCAUUCAAAGUGAAGUGUUACACGACGACGAGGACGGCAGACUAGUCCCCUUUUUGUGGGUUCUUGCCAGCAAGAACUGA